AAAAAGUCCUCACCCUUCAAAACACCCCCCUUCGACCUCCAACGUCCUUGUUGAACAAGACCCCCAUCCCCAUUUGCCCCACCAAGCAUGAGCUCCAACAACGCAGGCCGCAGCAACAGCUCGAGCGCAGGAGCAGCCUCGAAUCAUCAUCGGAACAUCCCAAGAAAUCUGAAUGACGUGCUCGCUCGCCUCGGGAUGGCAACGCUGCUCCCGCUCAUGACGGCUGCCGGACUGGAUUACGCCACGCUCUUGUCCUGCGACGGCGCGGAUCUCCAGCAGGCGGGCGUCCCAAGCAGCGAGCGCGGGCGGUUGAUUGUCGCGCUCGAGCAACUCCGACGCGCAAUCCGCGGCGAGUCGGUCGACGGAUGGAUGUUCAGCCCGCCUGCCGGUGCUAGCUCAAGUGCCAGCCAGCUUACCGGUGCUGCUGCCACUGCGGCGGCGGCGAGUGUGCGCGCGGCACAGUUGGAGCGAGCUGCGGUCGCGCGGGAACGAGCCGCACGUCCGCCAACGACCUUCCCAACAGGCGAGACGGCCUCAGUCAUGUCGUAUUCUGAAGCGGCAGUGGCAGCGAUGAGCAAUGCAGCAAGAACGCUCAACUGCACGGUCGACCGUCUCAGCGAGCUGGGUCUGACUGUCGGCGAUUCUGGGAUUUCAAUGGUCAUGUUUGGCCGUCCAACCCGUGCCAACCCGUCCGUGGUGCCGUCGCAUGGGAUGGGCAUCGCGUACCAACUGGAAGCUACCAACUUGCUCACCCGUGAGAUUUCCCCGGCGACGAUCGUCGACUUCACAGCCACCCAAGUCCGUGUCCACUUUACCAGCCACCCGACGUCUGUGCUCGAUUACUGGUGCGAUACCACAUCGACCCUACUCCAUCCGAUCGGGUAUUGCAAGCUCAACGGACUGCAGCUGGUUGUUCCGAACGGUGGAUCGUGGAGCUGGGAUUCGGCCGUCAAUACCCGCCAACCCCGCGUUCACGUCAGCAAUUUUAGCAACGAUCAGUGCGCUCCACCAGGCUGGGAGUAUGCGAAUCCGCCUGAAAACCGGUUUCAAGUCGGAAUGCGGCUUGAAGCCGCGGAUGUUAUGCCCGGUUCCCUCUUGACUUGCGUUGCUACCGUCGCGACUGUGCGUGGAGCCUUUGUUCACAUCACCUUCGAUGGCUGGUCGGACAAGUAUGAUUAUUGGGUGCCGUGCAAUUCGAGUGCAUUGCAUCCUAGGGGUUGGUGUGCAGCCAACAACAUCCUCCUGCAGCCUCCCAAAAGCCGCUCGAAUUGGUCAUGGGAAGCCUAUGUCCAAGAGAUAUUACCGGCGGUUCCUGCGCCUGCAGAAUGCUUUGAAAACCAACGAGGCCCGAUCCUUCGAGGCGUCUGAGUUUCUUCAAUGAUGCUCAGUUACCCAAAUUGCCUGCUCGUUUCUUGUCGGCGUUCUUCAUGUUGGUUUGUUGUUCAGUUUUGUUGGUUGAUGUUUGUUCUUCUGUUGCUCGUUCGAGGUUAGUAGCAAACGCGAACUUUCGGUGAUUUGUUUGUUUUUUUGUCAAUAAACCCGUUGUCAUGCACUCGA